AUGUCGAUGCCGUUUUUAUAUUGGUUCCUAUUGAUUCUAUUCAAUAUACUUCUACUCGCAAUCAAGGACGUUCGCAGUUCAUAUCAUGAAGAACAGUUGUUCAAAGAAUUGUUUCAAAACUACAAUCCGCUUAUUCGUCCUGUGCGAAAUGUCGAAGAAACCAUCACUGUGUCGUUUAGUAUAGCUUUAUUACAGUUAAUCAGUGUCGUAGAAAAAGAACAAGUACUUAAGACAAAUGUCUGGCUGCAAGUCAAAUGGAAAGAUUAUCAAAUGCAAUGGAAACGAGAAAAGUACGGUGGAAUCCAGUCAAUACGUGUUCCACCCAGUCAAGUUUGGACACCUGAUGUCGUUCUAUUCAAUAAUGCUGACGGUAAAUAUGAAGCAUCAUUCAAAUCGAAUGUUGUUGUCUACCACAAUGGUGAUAUGAAUUGGGUACCGCCAGCUAUCUAUAAAUCGAGUUGUUAUAUCGAUGUCAAAUUCUUUCCAUUUGAUAAGCAAACAUGUGAAUUACGUUUUGGCUCAUGGACAUACGAUCAACAACAGAUGAACUUUACCUACUAUACAGACAAUGAGAAGAAUGUAACAAUAAAAGAUUACGUCGUCAGUGGAUCAUGGGAUCUCCUUGAAGGUCCUAUGUUUAUCCAACAAUCAUCGCCGUUACCAUCGCCAGUCAAUGAUAGUGAUUUGACCGGCUCAUCCGUGGCAGUCACAGACGUGCGACUGAAGAAAGCAGAUGGUCGCGAUCGAGUCGAGUUCGUCUGUCGACUUGUAAUCAAACGUAAAACACUUUUCUAUACAGUCAACUUAAUCAUACCAACGGUGCUUAUUUCGUUCCUAUCUGUUUUUGUUUUCUACCUACCAACUGACGCAGGCGAAAAAAUGACAUUAUCCAUUUCGAUUUUACUCGCUUUAGUUGUGUUUUUAUUACUUAUAUCGAAAAUUCUACCCCCAACAUCGAUUGUUAUUCCGCUGAUAGCUAAAUAUCUUUUAUUUACAUUUAUAAUGAAUAUAAUAACAAUCUUUUUUACAGUUGUGAUUAUUAACUAUAACUAUCGAACGUCACGUACACAUAAAAUGCCUAACUGGAUUAAACGUCUUUGUAUUGAUAUUCUCCCGCCGAUUUUACGUAUGGAAAGACCGAAAAAGUAUGACAAAGAAGAUAAUAUUCAUGUGACAGAAGCCGAUCGUGCUAAACGUACAAUGUUAAAUUAUAUGCAAGCAUCACGUGCACUGUCAAUUGCUUCACCCGCCGCAAUCGAUAGUACAACUAUGAAUUCUAAUGAUACCAAUCCAACAAAUGAUUAUGAUCAACCAUUGGAACUAAAGAAACGUCACUCAUCGAAAAAGAAGCAUCAUCAUCAUCAUCAUCAUCAUCGACAUUCAUCGAAACGACAUCAACAACCUGUGAAUCAAUCAUCAACCACCGAUGAUGAGGAAGAACAAUUAACAACUGACGAGAUCGAUUUACUGCUAACAAAAGAAGCAUACGAAGCUGCUGAAGAUUUGAGUUUCAUUGCCAAUCACAUGCGCGCAGCUUGUCACUAUGAAGAGAUUCGUGAUGAUUGGAAAUAUAUUGCAUCUGUAAUCGAUCGGCUACAACUAUUUAUCUUUUUCGCUGUGACUGCUAUAGGUACAUUGAAGAUUCUAUUCAGCGCACCCGAACUUCUGAAAGUGGUCGAUCAAUGUGCUAUUUUGAAGAAAUGGGAUCCUACAUUUAAUAAUGCUACUUGUACGUUUUAG